UGAGACCACAGCUUGCCCGCCUUUUCAGCCGUUCCUUUGCUCUGCACAAUUCCCUUCAUUUUCACCGCAACAUGUCUUCCUCACCUUCGCCAGCCGUCCUCGCGUCCCGCGCUGUGCUCUCAACCAUCGACCUCUCUGAGUACGACCCGGAGCAGUCCAGGCUUAUGGAAGAGAGGUGCAUCUUGGUUGACGAGCAGGAUCGUGCCUUGGGUGCCGCAGACAAGAAGACAUGUCACUUGAUGGAGAACAUCAACAAGGGUCUCCUCCACCGCGCCUUCUCUGCGUUCGUCUUCAGACCCUCGGACGGCAAGCUUCUUCUCCAGCAGCGCGCCACGGAGAAAAUCACAUUCCCGGACAUGUGGACGAAUACCUGCUGCUCGCACCCGCUUGAUGACUUCGAGGAGGAGAAGGUCGAGGAGGAGCAGCUCGGAGUGAGGGUAGCGGCCUCCAGAAAGCUUGAGCACGAGCUGGGAAUCCCUCGCGCGCAGACCCCGGUGGAUCAAUUCCAAUACCUGACCCGCAUACACUACCUGGCGCCAUCUAAUGGCGCCUGGGGCGAGCACGAGGUCGACUACAUUCUGUUCCUGACAGCUGAUGUGGAUGUGACGCCAAACCUGAAUGAGAUCCGAGGUUACAAGUAUGUGUCCAGGGAUGAGCUCCAAAAGAUGUUCGAGGACCCUUUGAAUUCUUUUACUCCGUGGUUCAAGCUAAUCGCCCGGGACUUUUUGUUCGGUUGGUGGGACGAACUCCUUAGGCGGAAGGAUGCCGGCGGCAAGGUUAAUGCGAAGAGCCUUGGUGGCGUUGCGGACGGGAGCAAGGUUAUCAAGAUGGCCUAGAAAUGCGGCGUCCUAUUCACACCCUAAUUUGUUGCUCAUAUUCCCGCAGAUAAUGUUUUCUAUAAAGUACAUACAAUAACAUGUCAUGAAACAGUCGUAAAAUAGUCGUGCAACAACCUCAGACAUUACAGUGUAUUGAUUACCUUGGACCUUCGCAGAGACCAGACAACAGAACGGUGGCUGGGGCAUUAUAGACAUCGUUUUAGUCUGAAACUAGGCCUGACGACAUCUACUAGCUGCGGCUGGAUCUAGCCGUGCCCCGCCACCUUAGCAGCAAGGCACGGCGCAUCAGAGCAGCAUUAGACGGGACUGCCGUACUGCCGGCGACGGCGGCGCCAUAUAUCGAGGAGUGUAGCGGUAAGGAGCUUGACGGUGAGCACGAGAGCAACAAGAGCAAGAGCACCGAAGACGAUGACGAAGGUGUAGAAGAGCGGCGCGCCGGUUGAUUCGACGAUAAUGCUGAAGAUUUGAGUGAUGAAAAGAACGAUUGACCAUGUCAUGAAAGCCUUGGGAGUGCUCAUGCGAAGACCAAGCGGCUGGAAUCCCAGCUUGCCGUAUUUCUCGUCGGAGAGGAAGCUGACCUGUAAAAGGCUGAGAACAGAGCUAGGAAGUCGCAAGAGAAUCAACCUACCGCAUCGACGGCGACGAGAUGGAGCUUAUCGUGAAAUUUGUGGAGCAGCAUGACGCACGAGACGAGAGAUAGUGUUUGGACCGCUAUAGCCACGAGUCCGACGUAGUAACUAAGGAUACCGCGAGGGUAAGAGACAAAGAUGGCUGAGACGAUGAGUAGGCAGAUCGACAUGAGGCGAGAGUCGCGCCACGAGUCGUACAUGUCGGCAAUAAACUGGCGCCAGUGCAUCGUGUACGUGGUGUCGUCGACAUAGAGAUCGUCCAGCUUCUUUGUGAUACCUUUGUUGUGGCCAAAGACCAAAGUCGACGCGAUCUUCAUAUAGAAAGGGUCGUGUUCGACGAGCUCCUCGCGCCUGCGGCUGAAGCGGUCCAGUCGCGCAAAUUCCUCGCCGUACAUGUUGUCGAACCUGUGCUUGCAAAUCGAAGUCGAGAUCCGCGCUGCCAUGCAGAUGUAGUAUGGGCUGUACGUUUCCUCGUCGUCUACUGCAAGUAGCUUGAUGAAUAUCUUACACUGGUCCGCAUCGAAAGGGAACGUAGAGGAUCGUGACGUUUCGUGAUCAAGCUGUCCGUGGCGCAGUACAUUGACCAGGUCCCGGAGCAACUUCUUGGGGAUAGGCCUAUGCGGGAAGUAUUCUACGUGUGUCCAGUAGUGCUCCUCCAGCACAAAUCUGAGAUGCGCCAUCGAGACCACUCUGGAGAACCCCAGAUCGGAGAGUUCGUUGGCAUUGAGCCAGAACUCGACCUGUGUGUCGUGGUUCACGAGAUAGUAGUGGCAACUAUCAGGCUCAUCAGCGCGAAUGUAGAGCUCGGUGUCAGCUGUUAUCUUUGUCUGGAGGUUCGUGGCCAUGUUUUGAACGAGGCCGACACCUUCCAUGACGGCGCUAUAGAUAUCAGCCUUUAGGAUGUUGCUGUCGGUGACUACGCUGAUCAAGCUAUUGACGAAAUAUGUGGCACCUUCGGGAUGGAGAUGCUGCACCCAGGGACUCGGAGGAGCACGAAGAGUGCAUGCCAUAGAAGCAUUUUUCUCAUCAGUGUCAUUAUCAGGCUCGAGGGGGGACGAGAGUUCGGCGUAGAGCCCGACGGGGAUGGUCAGUUCCACGGACUGGACAAGCGGAAACUUGCGUGAGUAUCUGGUGCUAGCAUCUGCGGUGGUGGGGUGCAGUAAAAUGCCCUCAGAAUAAGCAGGCGGUUCGCACUCCUGCUGCUCCGACUCGAUGGAAUUGUGCGAUGCCAUGGUGAGUGGGAUGGUAAGAGGAGCGAUUCC